UUAAGUCAUACAAUAGAUGUCGUGUUUGUAAGUCUUGAAUGAAGACAUUGUUGUAUUGAUCGUCCAUAUUGUCAGUCAUUUGGUCGACAACUUUGUGUUUACUUUGAAAGUCACAUAAUUAGGUCCAUUGACUGACUAUUUAGUCGAUGAUAAUGAGCUCACAACUGAUGCUUCAAUUGCCGAAAGGCUUUAAAUCAGCUCUUUUGGUGAGAAAUCAGUUGCAGAUAAUUGCCUCCAAUUCAUACUUCGGAAGAGCAAAGAUUGGCAAACGAGAAGUCGUCGGUUUUGGUCUUAACGGCGAAUACGCGUACUUCGACUCACCCGACAUACCAAUGCCUGCCAUUAGGUUCAGAGAGGCCGACACUGAUCUCCAGAAAUUGAUUGAAAAGGAAAAGGGAGACUGGAAACAGUUAACCACUGAUGACAAGAAAAAAUUAUAUCGACACAGCUUUUGUCGGACUUAUGCCGAGAUGAGAGCGCCGACCGGCGAAUGGAAGUCAAUUACCGCAGGCGUGUUGGCCAUCAUUGCCUCUGCCUUCUGGCUCUAUGUGUUGCUCAAGAAAUUUGUGUACGCUCCGAUGCCAGAGUCGACAUCACUUGAAUGGCGUAAAAAGCAAAGAGAUUGGAUGAUUAUGUGGAGGAUUAACCCCAUUGAAGGCAUUUCAUCUAAAUAUGAUUAUGAAAACAACCGAUGGAAGGAUUAGUCAUUUGUUUUUUGGGACACUCUUUAUGCAACCCUUUUAAAGCAAAUUAGAUAAUAAUUCAAUUGAUAUUCAAAUUAAUUGUUUGUCUUUUUAUUUUUCUGUAGAUUUUUUUUUGUUUCUUAAUUAUAUUAUUAUAUAAAUAUAUAUUACACUAAAUAUAUUGUUAUUUUAUGAUUAUUAGUAUAAUAAUAAUUAUUGAGUAGUUAUUCAAACAAAAGCUAUAUAUUAUAAAACAAAAACUUCACUUAAAAAAAGGAUAUUAUUAUAAAUAUUGAUAAAAUAAA